AUGAUCUUUUACAAAAAAACAUUAAAAAUAACAGAUUUUGGAUUAGCUAGAAAACAAUUACAAUCAUCAAAUAUGUCAGCUGCUGGAACAUUUGCUUGGAUGAAUCCAGAAUGUAUUCGUAACAGUGAAUUUUCAACAAAAUCAGAUGUUUUGAGUUUUGGUGUUCUUCUUUGGGAAUGUUUAACAGGUGAAUUACCUUAUAAAAGUUUUGAUCAAAUGGAAGUUGCAUUUGAUAUAGCAACUAAUAAAUAUUCUCUUCCUACUCCAAGUACAUGUCCAGAAGAAAUUUCUCAAUUAAUGACAAAUUAUUGGAAAAUUCUUCCAGACAAACAUUCAACAUUUAGUGAUUUAGUUAAACAAAUAAAUGAAAUUAUUGAAAUAAAUCAUAUUAAAUCAAAUGAAGAAUUUUAUCAAUCAUUACAAAAAGAUUGGCGUGAAGAAAUUCAAGAUAUGUUUAAAGAAUUAAAAGAAAAAGAACAAAAAAUUCGUGAUCGUGAACAAGCUAUGUAUCAACGUUCUUUAGAACAAAAUCAUCAACGUUUACAAUUAGGAAAAUGGGAAUAA